AUGUUCCCUGGCGUUUUUCUUACCAUUACGCUUGGGCUCAUCACCAUUUUCACCAGCUAUCUCGUGGGACAAGUCAAGCUGGCCUAUCCCCAGGUCUCUCACUAUGCCGACGCUGGAAGACUCUUGUUCGGAAGAUUUGGUUAUGAACUGCUCGGCGCCGCCAUGGUCCUCGAACUCGUCAUGUCAGUCGGCUCACACGCGUUGACCGGCAGCAUCGCCCUCAGCACUCUGAAUGGAAACCACGUCUGCUCCAUUGCUUUCUCGGCUGUGUCGGCUUUCAUUCUGUUUCUGUUGGCCAUUCCGCCUUCUUUCACCGAGAUUGCUAUCCUUGGCUACAUCGACUUCGCCUCGAUUAUCAUCGCGAUUGGCAUCACGAUCAUCGCCACGGGAAUCAAAGCGAGAGACGCACCAGGCGGCCUUUCUGGGGUUGAAUGGUCCGCGUGGCCCCAAGAGGGAGUCACAUUCUCUGAGGCUUUCGUGGCCGUCAGCAACAUCAUCUUUGCCUUCAGUUUCGCAAUCGGCCAAUUUUCUUUCAUGGAUGAGAUGCAUACUCCCAAGGACUUCAUGAAGUCGAUCUGGGCCUCUGGAAUCGCUCAAAUCGUUAUCUAUACCUUGACCGGCGCGCUGUGCUAUGCGUUUAUCGGGCCGUCCAUCCAGUCUCCCGCCUUGUUAUCGUCUGGUCCUCUGAUUUCCAAGAUCACGUUUGGCGUUGCGCUGCCCGUUAUUUUCAUCUCCGGCUCUAUCAACUCAACAGUGGCCCUUCGAUACCUGCAUGGACGACUCUGGGAGAAGUCAAUCAUCCGAUAUGUCAAUACGCCGAGGGGCUGGGCUUGCUGGAUUACGCUUGCAGCGUUCCUGACGAUCAUUGCUUGGGUUAUUGCCGAGGCUAUUCCCAUCUUUUCAGACCUGCUUUCCCUCGUUUCAGCCCUGUUCGUCACUGGGUUCUCUUACUGGAUUCCUGCCAUCAUGUGGUUCAGACUUCUCUGCAAAGGCAACUGGUUCUCUCGGAAGAACAUUCUCAUCACCCUUGGAAGUGUACUGGCGUUCAUCAUUGGAGUCGUAGCCCUUGUGGCUGGCACCUACGCCACCAUCGAUGACAUUAUUCGAGAAACUUCCAAUGGAAGCACCACGCGACCUUUCUCAUGCAGACGAUGA